ACAAUAUUGAGGCAAACCGCUUAUAAAUCAGAUUUCUAUCAAGAUAACAGAGAUAAAUAAAUGAGUGGUGUACAAGACAGUUUACCAUUCUUUAGUGAAUUAUCUGCAAGUAGAUCAUCAACUUCUCCUAUCUUGAUAUAUCCAAUCUUACCACACCAACCUUGAGUCCGCCGGUCAUGGCGUCCACACUAUUCCAACCUCUCCGCAUCGGCACGGUGGAGCUACAGCACCGCGUUGUUAUGGCACCGCUUACCCGACUUCGCGCUGACAGCCAACAUGUCCAACUUCCUAUCGCUACCACGUAUUACGAACAGCGUGCUUCUGUUCCAGGCACGUUAAUCAUCGCCGAGGCCACCCAGAUUUCUGCCGCCCAAGGUGGGGUCCCCCACGGCCCUGGAAUAUGGUCGGAACCUCAAAUCCAGGCCUGGAAGAAAAUCACCGACGCAAUUCACGCCAGGGGCAGUUAUGCCUUCUGCCAGUUAAUCGCUUUGGGCCGGGCAGCCGACCCCGCAACAUUGAAACAGGACGGGGACUAUGACCUCCUGGCUCCAAGCGCCAUCCCGAUAGAUCCCACCAGGCCAGACUAUACACCGAAGGAGUUAAGCCUCGAGCAGAUUACGGAGGCUGUUCAAAACUUCGCGGCUGCUGCGAAGAAUGCUGUUCGGGCUGGAUUCGAUGGCGUUGAAAUCCACGGUGCCAAUGGAUAUCUGGUGGACCAGUUUCUGCAAGAUGUCACGAACCAGCGCUCUGAUCUAUGGGGUGGGAGCGUGCCUAACCGUGCCAGAUUCGCCGUUGAAGUAGCCAAGGCUGUAGUAGAUGCGGUUGGGCCCGAAAAGGUCGGGUUUCGCAUCAGUCCUUGGAAUACCUGGCAAGGAAUGAAGAUGGUUAAUCCUAUUCCUCAGUUCACAUACCUUGUGGAACAGUUGAAGGAACUAAAACUUGCGUACCUUCACAUUAUCGAGUCCCGUGUCAUCAACAAUGUGGAUACCGAAAAGACCGAAGGUAUUGAAACAUUUCUUGAUAUCUGGGGCAAGACAUCACCUGUGCUUGUGGCUGGCGGCUACAACGCAACAAACUUCGACACUGCUUUCGUGGAUUACAAGAAUAACGAUAUCGCCGUGGUUUUUGGUCGCCAUUUCCUGGCUAACCCUGAUCUACCAAAUCGGAUUCGUCUGGGGCUUCCAUUGAACAAAUAUGACCGUGAUACCUUUUACACACCGAUGCAAGAAAAUGGAUAUACCGACUACCCAUUUGAUAACGAAUUGUGGGGGAUUAAGAACUAGUAUUGAUGCCAUUCUAUGGGAUUGGAAGAUAGGUCCACCAGGACCGACUAUAGAACUAUUAUUGUUUAUUGUUUGGCGUCCCAGGAUAAGGUGAUUGUGAAAAUUUGUUGCCAGGUUGCGUCUAUACUCGAACAGAAACUAUAUAUAUAUACACGUAACUGGGAUACCAUAAUAGCGGUUUCUCCGUCGAAUGUCCAUUUAUGCUCUCCUUUGCUGGUCA